CUUCCAGUUCUUCGCUGGUAUCCUGCUGGAAUCUACGACGUGGUGCAGCGGACGGUCCCUUCCUGCAGCGACUUUCCCCUGGGCGUCUCGGCAGUUCCAGAAGUGUCUGAGCACUUUUUUUCUAAAAGAGCAAAUUUCUCCAGCGUGGCAUGUCCCGCUGUUCUCUUGGGUGCGACGCGCUCAUUGAGGAAGGGGAUGGACACGAUGUCUGUCUCACGUGUUUGGGUCUCCAGCACGCUGAGGCAGCCUUCGUGGAUACAUCUUGCCCGCACUGCGGGAAGAUGCCUAUCCAGACGUUGCGGUCACGGGUGGCUGUAUUCUUUAUGGGUAAAGCCACCACCUCGUCUGUUACCCGAUCCGUGACGGCAGUGACUACGGCCCUGCCGCCCGUUUCAGUUAACACCGGGGGUGAUAUGGGGAUCACCGUGAACGUUAGACCGCCAGCCACAGGCUCACGGACCGUUCACGCCCCGUCACGCUUGUCUGACCAUCCCUUAAGAGACGGUCCUACCCCGUCUUGUUCCUCCGCCACGUACUCGGGAGUGCGUGACGAAGAUGAGAUGUCGAUCGCAGCAUCGGAGGGCGACCUCUUGGCAUCCGACCCCGACGAUUCCUCGGAGCUCCCUCCCCCGGGGGGUCGAGCCCAGGAAGAAGCGGACGUUGAGAUGUCAACCAUGCUCUUCCGGGCCGCCGCGAGCAUUGGGCUGCAGUGCACAGCACCGCCUUUACCCCAGCGCUCGCGGUUGGAUACGUGGUACCUGGGGUCUGAGCGCGGCUCCAAGCCGCGCCCAGCGCCGGUCCCGUAUUUCCCGGAGGUGCAUGAGGAGCUGAGUAAGACUUGGAACGCGCCCCUCACGGCUCGUUCCAAUCAGAAAGGCUCAGUCGCCCUUACUUCCCUCGAUGGUGGGGCGGCCAGGGGCUAUGUCGAGAUCCCCCAGGUGGAGCGUGCUGUCGCGGUGCACCUAUGCCCGCAGACAGCGGCCACCUGGAGGGCUCGGCCUAGACUCCCAUCCAAGGCGUGUAAGUUUUCGGCAUCGCUGGUGUCGAAGGCUUACACGGCUGCGGGUCAGGCCGCCUCCUCCCUCCACGCCAUGGCCAUCCUGCAGGUCCACCAGGCCAAGGCGUUGAAGGAGCUCCACGAGGGUAAGACCGACCCAACGGUUAUGCAGGAACUCCGUACCGCCACUGAUCUCGCUCUACGGGCGACUAAGGUGACGGCACGGGCCUUGGGUCGGGCGAUGUCCACCAUGGUGGUCCAAGAGAGGCACCUCUGGCUCAACCUUGCGCAGAUGCGGGACGCCGAGAAGGUUCGCUUUCUCGACGCCCCCAUCUCGCAGGGAGGGCUGUGAAGAAGCAGACGGAGGCUAUCAGACACAUCCUGCCCCGCCGUGACUCGGCCGCCGUCAGGCC